AUGGAAGAAUUGCUUGCAAAACUCUCUAACGUGGAGUAUAAAAGUGCUCAGCAAAUUGAGGCCAUCUUUGACGACUUGAACAAGAUCAUUAAAUUGUCUCUUGACGAUACCAUCGUCAAAAUAAAGAAAGACGACCCUCUUGAAAUCCUCACCACACUCUAUCCGAAGACAGAACUUAUGCUUCAAAACAAGAGAACGAUUCUUAAGAGCCUUCACGACUUCCAAUUGAAAGUCGAUGACCUUGCCAAAUCGGAACAGAAUGAAAUUGGCUUAAUUGAAGACACCCAACAACAGCUCUUAUUUCAAAUGGAAAAGCAAGUCCGAGUUGCUAAGGAUAGAUACAGAGACGUUCGCGAUGACCGCCGCGACGACCGUCGCGAACCUUCCGAUAAAAAGCCGCUUCGCCCGUUGCGCGAUGACGACGACCGUCGCAGUGUCCAUCGCAAUUCCCCGGAUUACCGGGAACCGCGCUUUGAUUUGAAUAAUGAUAGACCGCGAAGUGAGUCUCGCGACCGAAAUGGAGAGCAACGCCAAGACCGAGCGGAGCAGCGCGAGCGUCACAAACCGUCCAUGAUCGAUGUCCGAAAGGAGAUUGGGAAAGAAAUUGAUAAUUUAGUUGAUGGGAAGAUCCGUGAAGAGUUGUUAGUCUAUGAUACAAAGAGAGAUGGAUGGAACAUGGAGAAGUUUGUCGAGAAGUGUAAUAAGAAGAAAGGACUUGUGUUUGGAGUGUUUGAUACGAACAAACACGUCUUUGGUGUUUCGAUGAGUGAAGCCGUUGUGGACGGGACAUGGAUUAAUGACUCGAAAAUCUUUAUGUUCUCGUAUCAACCAUUUUCAGAGAGAGAAUUGUUCUUUGCGUUACUGAAACAAUCGAUUCACGACGGGACGUCGAUCUUUAAAAUGGGAAAGAAAGACGAGGACAUGUUCUUCCAAGUAGCUAAUGUGGUAUAUAUCCAGAAUAAGAGUGGAGAGAAGAAGAGUUCAUUGAGUCAAGAAAUGGAAGAAUACUUCCAACGAGCAACCGCGAAAUUAUUCUGCUCACAUAUAUACCCCGAUACUUUUGAGCCACUGAGAGUGUUUGCGAUACAAAUGUAA